AUGGCAGCUGUGGUCGACAACGCGGUCGAUGUGCCCGCGGGCACUGAGAAGUCCAGCCACACCAUCAUUGCCAAUGAGGAAGCAGCCGCUGCUGAUCGCAACCCUGCGUCCAAGAACUCUGAUGACGGCAGCGAGUUCUAUGAGGACCCUAAGGCCGCCCGCCGACUACUCAUCAAGUGCGACAUUCGCCUGAUUCCAAUCCUGGGAUGUCUAUACCUCGUGUCCUUCUUGGACCGCUCAAACAUCGCUAAUGCGCGACUUUUCGGGCUGGAAAAGUCACUUCAUAUGCCGUCGACGGGAUUUAACACUUGCCUGUGGAUUUUCUACCUUCCAUUCGUGAUCGUGGAGAUCCCGAGCAAUCUGUUUAUGACCUUGAAUAAGAUCAAGCCGAAUCAGUGGCUUGCUGGGGCGAUCAUGGAGCUAGGUGUUGUAUCGAUGUGCCAAGGACUCACGAGGAGCUACGGUGGGCUUCUUGCUUGUAGAUUCAUCAUGGGCAUCAUGGAGGCUGCGCUGCCGCCUGGGGCUGCUCUUCUUAUCGGGCAAUACUACAAACGCAGUGAGUUUUACAUCCGCUUCUCAUACUUCAUCUGCUUUGCUUUGCUCGGUAGUGCUUUCAGCGGUCUUCUCGCGUACGCCAUCGAGCACAUGAACGGAAUGCAUGGCUAUGAGGCCUGGCGCUGGGUUUUUAUCCUUGAGGGCCUCUUUACUUUUGCCUUCGGACUCGCAGCAUGGUUCAUUAUCCCAGCAUUCCCGCAACAAGCAACUUUCCUCAAUGAAGACGAGAGGGCCAUGCUUCUCGCCCGCCUGCGCCACGAUCGCGGCAGGGAGAGGGUUGACUUCAAGGGAAUCAACUGGCUGAGAGUCCUCACUGACUGGAAGAUUUGGUCCUUUACUCUCAUUUACUUCUGCGCCGAUAUGGGCGCUGCAUCCAUCUCUUCCUUUACCCCAACUAUCCUUUCCCAGCUCGGCUGGAGCGCAUCGCGAGCGCAGGUCAUGAGCAUUCCCAUCUGGAUGGUCGGCAUCGCCGUGACGCUAUCUACUUCUUACGCGUCCGGGAAACUUUCCCUCCGUUGGCCAUUUGUGCUCAUCGGCGCUAUCUUUUCCCUUAUCGGCUGGUGUAUACAGUAUACCCAGGUCCAACCACCGGCAGUGCGUUACUUCGCGCUGUACAUUAUUGCUUUCGGUUCGUUCAUGCAGUUUCCCAUCCUCAUCGGCUGGCUCAACAGCAACCUACGCGGUCGGCCACAGCAGGCUGUUGCGAGCGCUGUUCAGCUGGGAAUCGGCAAUUGCGCGAACUUUGUGGCGAGUAAUGUGUUUAUCACAAAGCAGGCGCCGAAAUACCCUACUGGAUUUGCCACGGGCGUUGGGUUCGCGACGCUCGCGACUGUGAGUAUAAUUUUGGUGACAGGGGCCUUAGCUUGGCAUAACAGACAGUUUGACCGGAAGCAUCGAGAUGAAGCUGAAAAUGCAGAGGACCAAGAGAAUUUUAGAUAUAUGCUAUAA